AUGGAUCCAUGGGAGAAGGGAGAGAUGGAAGGGAAGGGCGACAGGGUCGGCCUCGGGGUCGACGGUGGCGGCACGCCGGAGGGCGCGGAGGGCGGCGUGAUCGGGCGAGCAGGAGGAGACCUCCCGAUCCAGAUCGAGCAGAGCGCUCGGGAGCGGCGGCGAACGGGGAUGCGGGCUCCUCGGGCUUGGAUCGGGGCCCGGGCGGGCCUGGCACGGGCCUGGCGGCGCGGGGAAGGUGGGGGAACAGGUGGCGAACGCGGGUUGGGCAGGAGCGGCACUGGGGGGCGGCGCGGCCACUCGGACGGCGCCAAGUGGCGGGGAGAGGUGGCCGGCGGCGGAUCCAAGGAGGGGGCGGCGGCUGGAAGGUAG